GUCCGAAUUUCAGCCGCCGCCCGCCCGCCUUCGCGCACGCCCACGGGCUCUCUUCUCUCCCCACCUCGCCCCGCGCCUCGUCACCUCUCCGAUCUCUCUCUUCUCUCUCCAUCUCGUUUCCCCCGCCUGCGCAGCCAGCAAACCCUAGCCCGCAAGCGCCCACCUGCGAACCCCGAGUCCCCGAGGUUCCCCGGGAGCGGAGAUUGGAGCUGCCGCGCAAGGAUCGGAAGAGCGGGAGCAGCGGCGCCUUACGUGGAUCGUGGUUGCUCGGCGGCGGCGGCGCGGGGAUGGACCGGAAGCGCAUCAAGGACGCGCUCGAGAAGCACCUCGAGAAGUCGUCGCCGUCGACCUCCAGGGGCGUCGCGGCCAAGGUGAGGGAGCGCCUCGUUCCCGGGAAGCUGCCGGCGUUGCUCGGCAAGGCCGGGAAGUUUUCCGAUGUUGAGGAAUCCGAAUCUGACAGUGAAGAUUCUGAUGUCAGUGGUUCUGAGGGCGAGGACACAUCUUGGAUCGCAUGGUUCUGUAGCUUGCGAGGCAAUGAAUUCUUCUGCGAGAUUGAUGAUGAUUACAUACAGGAUGAUUUCAACCUGUGUGGUCUGAGUAAUCAAGUGCCAUAUUAUGAUUAUGCACUUGAUCUCAUCUUAGACAUUGAGUCUUCUAAUGGCGACGUGUUCACUGAGGAGCAAAAUGAAUUGAUCGAGUCAUCUGCAGAGAUGCUGUAUGGAUUAAUUCAUGCACGAUACAUCUUAACAAGCAAGGGUCUAGCUGCAAUGUUGGAAAAGUUCAAGAACUAUGACUUCGGUAGAUGCCCCAGAGUGUACUGCUGUGGUCAGCCCUGCCUUCCAGCAGGACAGACAGAUAUUCCUAGAUCGAGCACAGUGAAAAUAUAUUGUCCGAAAUGUGAAGAACUUCACUAUCCAAGAUCCAAGCACCAAGGCAACAUAGAUGGAGCGUACUUCGGGACGACAUUCCCUCAUCUUUUCCUGAUGACAUACCCACACUUGAAGCCGCAGAAGCCGUCACAGCAAUACACCCCAAGAGUCUUCGGCUUCAAACUUCACAAGAAGUCAUGACAGAGCUGUACAUCCAGCAGAAGCACCCUUUUACCUAGGUUUUAGGGAGAGCACUGUGGCCCCCAAAUGUUGUGGCCUUUUCAUGUACCAAUUCGCGAGCUUGGGUCUUGCUGUAAACUGAUGUGGAAUUGUACCUGCUUCCUGAUAUUACUAUUCUGUAACCUUAGGUUCUCUCUCUCUCUCGCUCGCUCACUUGAUCACAGUAUGUCUUUAUGCAUGGUUUCAGGUAAUUUUACACGAAGUAUUUCACCUA